AAGUUAGCAGCAAAGCCUCAGUUUUCGUGCAGAGGACGAAAUGAGACAUUUCCCAUUUUUCUCACUUUUGCUGUUUUUCUGCCUUGGUGCUCAAGCAAAUGCAGAUGGAGGGAAGAAAAAAGAGGCGUUGGACUCCCAGCAUCGGUACACCAGAAUGAAGAAAGACCAACGGAACUUACAAACCAAAUUUCGACUCUAUACAGACCCAGCUGAAGAAGGCUGUCUGAUUGUGUUUAAUCAAAUGGAGACUCUUGACAGAUGCAAUUUCAAUUCCUCUGUUCCUCUGGUGAUGAUAGUCCAUGGAUGGUCGGUAGACGGUAUGUUAGAAAGCUGGGUUUGGAAGAUGGCAGCAACCCUGAAAUCUAAGCAUAAAGAAAUUAAUGUGAUGAUUGCAGAUUGGCUCUCAUUUGCUCAUCAGCACUAUCCUAUAGCAGUACAGAACACACGCAAUAUAGGUCAAGAUAUAGCAGGUUUCCUAGAAUGGCUUGAGGAUUCCAUUCAAUUUUCCAGAAGUGAUGUUCAUCUAAUUGGCUACAGCCUAGGAGCUCAUGUAUCAGGGUUUGCUGGCAGCUAUAUUAGUGGCACAAACAAGAUUGGAAGAAUUACAGGCCUUGACCCUGCUGGUCCUUUGUUUGAAGGAAUGUCACCAACAGAUCGUUUAUCUCCAGAUGAUGCAAACUUUGUAGAUGCGAUCCAUACAUUUACUAAACAGCACAUGGGUCUCAGCGUUGGAAUCGAGCAGCCGGUGGCCCAUUUUGACUUUUACCCCAAUGGAGGCACCUUUCAACCUGGCUGCCACAUCAUGCAUGUGUACAAUCACAUUGCCCAGUAUGGAAUCACUGGGAUCACUCAAACUGUGAAAUGUGCUCACGAGAGGUCAGUUCAUCUGUUCAUCGAUUCUCUGCUGCACGAUGAUAAACAAAGCAUGGCCUACUGGUGCAACGACAUCCAUAAGUUUGACAAAGGAAUGUGCCUCAGUUGUAGAAAGAACCGGUGCAAUACUCUGGGCUACCAUAUCAGAAAGGAGAGACUCCAGAAAAGCAGAAGACUGUUUUUGAAAACACGAGCAAAUAUGCCUUUCAAAGUUUAUCAUUAUCAAUUCAAGAUCCAUUUCAUCAACGAAAUUCAAGAGAAGCAGGUAGAACCAACUUUCACCGUCUCCUUGAUAGGCACUAAGGAGGAUGUUGAAAACUUGCCCACCACACUUGUUGAAGGCAUUACUGGAAACAAAACCUACUCUUUUCUCAUCACUCUGGAUAUUGAUAUUGGUGAACUAAUGAUGAUCAAAUUCAAAUGGGAAGGAACUGCGGUUUGGGAAAAUCUCUGGGACAGAGUUCAAACUAUCAUUCCCUGGAGCAAGGGCAUCUAUCGACCAGGACUUAUAGUGAAAACAAUACGAGUCAAAGCAGGAGAAACCCAGCAAAAAAUGACAUUUUGUUCCCAAAGUAUUGACAAUAUACACCUCCAUCCAUCCCAAGAGAAAACGUUUGUGAGAUGUGAGAAUCGUCCUCGAAGAUUAAAGAGAAAAUUCAGAUGAGGAAGAGAAUCAAAGCUGCCUAUCAAAAAUAAGUUAAAUCUUAUUGACUAAAAAUCACAAUUAAAAGUAUAAACAUAAGUUCAACAAAAAUUGAAGUACCCUCAUAGAUCCAGAUACAAGAAAGAAACAAAUUUAGAUUUUAUGUUUAUGGUAACAGCAAACUAAAAAUAUGCCCUUAAAGCUACUCCUAAAGAGAUGAAUGGACAUUUUCUUAGUUAACAUUAUGUAUUGAGAUCUAAAUUGCUUUAAACUUCGAAAGAAAACCUGCUCAGAGGACAUCUAAACAUUGUUACU